GGGACGGUGGUUCCGGCGAAGGGGGCGGAAUGGAUGGCGAUGGUGGGUACGGCAAUGGCGGCGCGGGCGACGGCGGCACAGGGUACGGCGGCGCAGGCGAUGGUGGGUACGGUGACGGCGGCGCAGGCGAUGGUGGGUACGGCGAUGGCGGGGCGGGCGAUGGCGGCACAGGGUACGGCGGCGCAGGCGACGGUGGCGCGGGGCUUGGUGUACUUGGUGGCUCCGGUGACGGAGGCGCAGGCGAUGGUGGGUACGGCGAUGGCGCCGCGGGGCUUGGUGGCUCGGGUGACGGAGGCGCAGGCGAUGGUGGGUACGGAGAUGCCGGCGCGGGCGAUGGCGGCGCAGGGUACGGCGGUGCAGGCGACGGUGGCGCGGGGCUUGGUGGCUCCGGCGACGGAGGCGCAGGCGAUGGUGGGUACGGAGAUGCCGGCGCGGGCGAUGGCGGCGCAGGGUACGGCGGCGCAGGCGACGGUGGCGCGGGGCUUGGUGGCUCCGGCGACGGAUGCGCAGGCGAUGGAGGGUACGGCGAUGGCGGCGCGGGCGAUGGCGGCGCAGGGUACGGCGGCGCAGGCGACGGCGGUGUGGGGCUGGGUGGCUCCGGCGACGGAGGCGCAGGCGAUGGUGGGUACGGCGAUGGCGGCGCGGGACUUGGUGGCUCCGGCGACGGCGGCGCAGGCGAUGGUGGGUACGGCGAUGGCGGCGCGGGCGAUGGCGGCGCGGGCGACGGCGGUGCAGGCGACGGCGGCGCGGGGCUUGGUGGCUCGGGUGACGGAGGUGCAGGCGAUGGUGGGUAUGGCAAUGGCGGCGCGGGCGACGGCGGCGCAGGGUACGGCGGCGCAGGUGACGGCGGCGCGGGGCUGGGUGGCUCGGGUGACGGAGGCGCAGGCGAUGGUGGGUACGGCGAUGGCGGCGCGGGGCUGGGCGGCGAGGGCGACGGCGGCGCAGGCGACGGGGGCGCGGGGCUUGGUGGCUCCGUUGACGGAGGCGCAGGCGAUGGUGGGUACGGCGAUGGUGGCUCAGGACUUGGUGGUCUGGGCGAUGGCGGCUCGGGAGACGGUGGCUCUGGGCUUGGAGGUGCAGGGCUGGGUGGCUCAGGCGACGGCGGCGUGGGGCUGGGCGGCGACGGUGACGGUGGCUGGGGCGAUGGGGGCUCUGGUGAGGGUGGGUAAGUCUGUAGGGCCGGUGGGGCGGGCGCGUUGGGUAUGGCUGGAUAGGGGCUGGGCGGGGGUGCCAUGGGGACCACUGGAUACGCGCUGGGAGACGGUGGCGGCGCCGACGUGUGGCCACCAGGGUACGCGGGGCCAGGGGACGGUGGUUCCGGCGAAGGGGGCGGAAUGGAUGGCGGGUAGGGCAGAGCAGGCGGUGCGGGGCUUGGUGGCUCCGGCGACGGAGGCGCAGGCGAUGGUGGGUACGGCGAUGGCGGGGCGGGGCUUGGUGGCUCCGGUGACGGAGGCGCAGGCGAUGGUGGGUACGGUGAUGGCGGCGCGGGCGAUGGCGGCGCAGGCGACGGCGGUGCGGGGCUUGGUGGCUCCGGUGACGGAGGCGCAGGCGAUGGUGGGUACGGCGAUGGCGGCGCGGGGCUCGGCGGCGCGGGCGACGGCGGCGCAGGCGACGGCGGCGCGGGGCUUGGUGGCUCCGGUGACGGAGGCGCAGGCGAUGGUGGGUACGGCGAUGGCGGCGCGAAGCUGGGCGGCGCGGGUGAUGGCGGCGCAGGCGACGGCGGCGCGGGGCUUGGUGGCUCCGGUGACGGAGGCGAAGGCGAUGGUGGGUACGGCGAUGGCGGCGCGGGGCUGGGUGGCUCCGGUGACGGAGGCGCAGGCGAUGGUGGGUACGGCGAUGGCGGCGCGGGGCUGGGCGGCGCGGGUAACGGUGGCGCAGGGUAUGGCGGCGCGGGCCUUGGUGGCUCCGGUGACGGAGGCGCAGGCGAUGGUGGGUACGGCGAUGGCGGCGCGGGGCUGGGUGGCUCCGGUGACGGAGGCGCAGGCGAUGGUGGGUACGGCGAUGGGAGGGUGGAGG